UCACGUGUGAGCCAAAGAUGGAGCCCAGGCGACCCUAGCGAAGGUUGUGGUAGACUAGGGCGCGGGAGGACCUGGGCAAGCACGGGUGGCUGGGGAGGUGGCCAUAAGCUGCCGUCCUUCUGCCGAGUGGUACCCAAGGUUUGGUAAGGCAUUGUUCCACUGUUGUCGCAGGGUCAUGGAGUACGUCCGGGAACUCACAACCUUCCUGCCUCAGUUUCCCAAUAUUGCAGGGUCUGUGCACCGUGUGUACCGUGCCUGCAUAGGCCAGAAAAGGGCAUCAGAUCACCCUAGGCCCGGAGUUACAGGUCCAAGAUGGAAAGUCAUAAACCAAGUACUAGCAAAGAUGAUUUAAUAUUUAAUAUCAUAUCCAGAAAAAUUAAACAACUUCCAGAACCAGACAGGAAUCUGCUUGAACAUGGAUCAGCAUAUAUUGGCCUUAAUGCUGCUUUUGGGGGCCUAAUAGCAAACAGUCUAUUUCGGCGAAUCUUGAAUGUGACACAAGCUCGAAUAGCUUCUAGCUUACCAAUGGCUGUGAUCCCAUUUUUGACAGCAAACCUGUCCUACCAUAGUUUUGUAAGUUUACCUUUGACUACAGGUGAUUUGAACUGUGAAACCUGUACCACAAUGCGGGGUGCACUAGUUGGUUUUGUGCUGGGUGGUCUGUACCCUAUCCUUCUGGCUAUACCGGUGAAUGGGGGCCUUGCUGCCAGGUAUGAAUCAAGCCCUCUACCACAGAGGGGAAACAUCUUCAAUUACUGGAUUACAGUUUCUAAGCCUGUCUUUAGAAAAAUGUUAUUUCCUACUUUACUUCAGACUGUGUUUGCAUCGUAUCUUGGGUCUAGACAAUAUAAACUCCUCAUAAAGGCCCUUCAGUUACCUGAACCUGACUUGGAAAAUUCAUUGAUUUAAAGCAAAUAUGUACAACAAAAAUAAAAUGGUGAAAAUAA